CUCAGCUUUCCGUUCCACACAAUUCGACAUAUCCUACACCAAAAUGCUCCUGCAACCCAAAGCAAAGAAUGCGCGCUCGAAGCGGUUUCUGACGAACCGGGCGCCGAAGGUGGUGGAGAACGCAAAGACGGCGAUAUUUGUGCGCGGCAGUACAACGAGCCAGGUGAUCCUGGACACGCUAAAGGACCUGUACGCGCUGAAGAAGCCCGAGGCGAUCAAUUUCACAAAGAAGAACGAGAUGCAUCCGUUUGACGACGAGACGGGGAUCGAGUUUUUUGCGCGCAAGAACGACAGCUCGCUGUUCGCCGUGGGCAUGCACUCGAAAAAGCGGCCGCACAACCUGAUCCUGGGCCGCACGUUCAACUUCCAGAUCAUGGAUAUGAUCGAGCUGGGCGUGGAGCGGUGCACGCCGAUGCGCGAGUUCCGCACGCAAGCGUGCGCUAUUGGCAUGAAGCCCCUGAUGGUGUUCAAUGGGGAGGCGUUUGGAACCGACCCGCAGCUGGUGCGGCUGAAGAGCAUUCUGCUGGACUUCUUCCGCGGUGAGGACGCAGACAUGGUGUCGCUGAAGGGGCUGGAGUACGUGAUUACGGUGACGGCUGGGCCGGCGGGCGCCAAUGGCGAGACGGGGCUGGUGUUUUUCCGGGCGUACACGACGCAGCUGAAGAAGUCGGGGGUGCGGCAGCCGCGCGUGGAGCUCGAGGAGAUGGGCCCGGCGCUGGAUCUGCGGGUCAGGCGCGUGCGGCAGCCGGCCGAGGACAUGUGGAAGCAGGCGUGCAAGGUGCCCAAGGAGCUGAAGCAGGUCAAGGUCAAGAAUAUCUCGCGGGACGGACUUGGCGACAAGUACGGGCGGAUCCACCUGGGCAAGCAGGACAUUAACAAGAUCCAGACGCGCAAGGUCAAGGCGCUGAAGAAGAAGCUGGACGACCGCCCGGCCAAGAAGCAGAAGACAGCUGCUGAGUAGGCCUUGUAGGAGGUGAUUUCUUAAUCAAGCUUCGCAUGCAUGGACGGAUGUCCCACAUCCGCGCUGGCAUGCGAGGGAGGAGUAUUAACAGGUAGCAUUCGAAAUCUGUUGUGAAUCAUACCGAUGAAGCCCAGGAAAACAGGCCGGAGCUCAACAGAAUAAAAAGCGCUCAAUCAGCU